GGAGUGUAGAGGAAGAUAGAUAGGAAUUCUUCAUUACAGGAUUCUGAAAGUUGUCUUUUCUACUGGCAUGUAAAUGUCAAACACUUCAGAGAAAGCACUUGGUGUUCUCUCCUGGGGUUGCUUCUUCAGUUAAACCUGUCUCCAUUUGGAGGCAACUGCAGUAGCAGAGAUCUUUUUUUUUUUUUAAGGUAUGUGUUUAAGUAAAUGCUUUUUUAAAUAGCUUCACUGAUCACUAAGAAGUAAUAACAAAGUCAGAAUAAAUGUUGCUCUCUUGAUUAAAGGUCAUUUUCCCUCUUUCCCUCUAAUGAAAGUUAAAGGGGAAGAUGGGCUUGAUCACUUAGCAAAAAAGAUGGCAUCGCACCUCCAUAAUUAGAAUGUACAGGUCAAGGUGUCGUGUCAGUAUAUCAUCUUCAGCCUCUCCUGAAAAUGAUCCAACCUCCCCACCCCCAUUUAUUUUCCUCCAGUCUCCUUUACACCUAUAUUCUGGUAACACGGAAAAGCGGAGGCAAGCUGUUUGAAAGCAGGGAUGUGAACCGCUUGCUUUAAUUCCCAGCUUUGCUGGAGCCAUGGUGCAGCUCAGCUGAAGUUUGUGGUUUUAUUUUGCUGUUUUCUUCCUCAGCUGCUGUAAUUCUUGCACAGAAGUAGGGAGGAUGCAGAUUGUGUCAUCGCUGUAGGCAAGCAGAGGAAGUUCCUUGCCCAUCUGUUCUUUCCAAUGAGCGGGCAGUGUACUCCUGAAGGGAUAAUGACAUAAAAAAUCAGGAGGAAAACUCAGCAGUAAACACUGUUCAGUUAUCCUUUUUUUUUUUUCCUUCUCAAGAACUGGGGGAGAAGCAUUGCAAACGUAUGAGAUCUACUUAUAAACCAAGCUAUGUAUUUUUUUUUCCCCUUAGCUAAUACAAAAUUCACGUUACUGAGGUGGUAGGUCUGAAUUAAGCUUCAAUUCCGUUUUUAUUUUUUAAACUUUUUAUAAUCCUAAAAUAAGAUUACCGUCAGAAUUUCUUCAAUAAAUUGUUCUGGUGAAGUCAGAUCAGCGUUAGGGUUACUUAACUUCUACGUUAAGAGCAGUGUAUUUCUUUUCCUAUUGACUCUUAUGAACUGACUCAAAGGAGCAUUUUCUGAAAUGUUUGAACUCUGUGCGUGCAAAAGAAGUGUGACUGCUGAGUUAGUGCAUCCCAGACCAUCUUUAUUUCAGUUGAAGGAGGAUGGUAGGUGACGUGUGCUAGCGCAUAUUAGUGCAAUUUCUAUAGCUGCAAAGUCACAGUUUUGUUCAGUAAUGAAGUCGGCCCUUUUCUUGUAUGUCGUUUGACAAAUGAUGUCUUCAGAUGAUGGUCCAACUUGAAGAUUAUUUCAGAAACAGCCAAUGUGGAACCUUUGCAACCUUAUUGUGACUUCAUUUUCAACCUGCCUGUUGAGAGCAUCACUUUAUAUGCAGUCCAAUGUGGAGUGUUGAUUUUAUUCCAACGCAUAUUGUGUGUUUUGCAAAGCGUUUGCAAAUGGUUAAUACACAAUUUUAAAUAAUAUGGGUAACUGUGCAUAGACUUUGCCUACAUCUGGAAAUUAUAGAUGUGAAUCUUAGCAAUGUCUGGACUUACUGCUAAUAAUUACAAAAGCAACUUAGGUCUUCACACUUCAAAGCAAAGUGUAGAAUAACAGACCCAGAAAAAGUAUAUUCAGUGGCAGGUUUUGUAGAGAGGGAAAUAGAGAAAUCAUUUUUGAAGCUUUUUCUCCAGAGCCAUUGUUACCUCUAAGCCAGCAGUGCUGCCUGUGUUCUUUUGAAGUCGUCUCCCUUUUAAGAGUGGUGUAGAAAAUGCCCAGAUGCAGGAUUAACAGUUCUUUAAAAUGGGAUGGGUAUACUUUUUUCUGCAGUGCAUGAACCGGAUUAAAACAUUUUGGGCAACUGAAGAAGAAUUGACUAUUCUCAAAAUUUAACACUAGAAAUGAUGAAACAUCUCCCAGUUUCUCUGCAGCCGUUGAGUGACAUUGGAUUUCCUUUUAAUCUCUUCCAACAGCUGGAAGAGUUCCCAGAUAUGUGACUUUGAUGGAUCCUCCAUCAUAUGGAUCGCCAUCUCCUCUUUUCUAUCUUCUUUUUUUUUUUCUUUCUUUAUCCUCAGGCUGACUUAAGACUGCUGAGCUUUUGUUACAUUGGGUGGCUGCUCUGAUGUGAGGCUUUGUCGUGGCCUGACAGGCACAGGAGCUGCAGACCCUGGAGCUGCAAGCGUUCCUGUUAAUGGCGCAAUGCCGGUGCUGCGGGCUGCGGAAGCUCCGGGUGUUCAGAAGCUCCUUGAUGUGGUGGCACAUGUGAAUGCAGGAGUGAGUGUGUGCAGCCUCGCUCUGGAUUGGAGAACGUGGGAGCUAUUUCAGGGGCUGUGGCAGCCUGGUCCUUGGUUACAGCUUGUAUAUAUUUUCUCUUGUGCACCAAUACAUUCCUUUCCAAGAACACUCGCAUUUACAACUAUAAAUUAACCUAGUUAAGCAUUUCAUCACAAUAUAACUGUAAUUUUUCAAGCCUUGGGAAAGUGUCAGUUACAGCUUAGUCAGUUUUAACACAAUAGUUACCUGCAACUGAAUACCGGCCUUUGUUUCAUGCGCUGUUCCCACUUCUCUCUCUGCCAACAGGUACUUAUUUUCUUAAUCUUGUCUACUUGAUUCUUGCUACCAUAGCUAAGAGAUGAACAGAAACAGUUCUCGCUUUGUAGUCCACUGUCUUGAAUGUCCAUGUUUGACAGUUUUUAUCCUGAUACCUGCAAAGUUUUCCUCCUCCUAAUCUUAAUACUGUGAAGUGUUAAUUGGUUUUUGUGGAAUGUAGACUUGACAAACUUGACUUUUAAAACUUAAGCUUGUACCUCUGUAAAUGAAUUUUUAGUUGCUCUGCUGGGACAACUGUGUUUCAAAAGCAUUUACUGCCUAAAAAUAUCAAGACUCAGGACACUUUGAGUGCUAGUGUUAGUUAAUAGUCCACAUCUUCUAGUAAUUGCUCACUUCAUUGACAGUUUAAUUCCCAAGACUGUCCUGGAGUACCUGAGGUGUGAGUACAUGUAUGACAGUGUAAUAAUCUCAGAUAAGGGGUGAGGUUGAUGUUCAACACCGUAACAUCUUUAGUAGCCACUCGUUGAUCUGCUAGAACACUCAGGUGUGGUUGUAGGUCAGUCUAAAUCAGGCAUGUACAACCUCUGGGCCAUGUGUAGCCUGGCACAGCCCUGGGUACAUACUCAGCACUCAGCAACAACCAAACCAUUGGUGUGCUGUUAACACUGCCUGGGCUGAACCCUGGGCACGGGGAGCAGUGCAGUGGUAGUUCAAGUUGUGGCAAAUAAUUUUAUGCCUUUUGAUACAUUGGCUAAAAACACACUCCUGUGAAUAGUGAAAAAUUUGCAGUCCUGUUUUCUGUUUUGAUAAAGGAAUUUGAGAAUAGGUUUCAAGACUGCUGAGAAAAAUCAUCAGUUUUUUGGUACAUUUCUGACUCUGUUGUUAGUUAAAAUAAAUACAUUAUCUGAGAAUUUUCGAAUGGAAUGUAUAGUGUUGCAGUCAGAUAUUCAGCUCAAAGAAGAAAUAGAUCAUAUCUCUACUAGACUUUUAUGAGACCUCUCUUCACAGAGAAGAAUAUCCCUCACUUCACAAUCACACCUUACUGAUGCCAUUACUUCUUGGUGGUACAUUUGUGAAUAACAGUUUUCAAAGAUGAAGCACAGGAAGAGUAAAAUUUCAUCAAAUACCUCAGAAAAACACCUUGAGAGUUCACAGAGAACUGCAACCACUGCCACUGAACCAGACUUAGUUUCACAAAAACAAGGUCAGUUAUCCCACUAGUUUUGUUUUUGUUGUUCUUGUAAUGUUUUAAUUUAAGAAAAAGAAAGAAAGAAAAUAAGUUUUGUUAGUUAUAUACAGUUAUAAACUGUAACGUAUAUUUUAUAUGCAGCCCAAGACAAUUUCUCUUCCUUCAGUGUGGCCCAGGCAAGCCAAAAGGCUGGACAUCCAUAGUGCAAACCCUUCUAAGCCUUAACUGUCACCCUUCCACUCCUCCCUUUGUGCAUCACUCUGCUCAGUCACUCAGCUGUUUCCAAGAUCUGAAUUGAAUAAAAAUCUUGUCACUUUUUUUUUUUUUGAGGAUUAAUUAUUUUGUCGGUCAUUUCCCUGAAUCUGCUCUCCACGUGACUGUAAAUGCUGGCACUGUUAUGAGAUAUGGUGGGAACGUGUGCAGAGUCUUAGGAAAAUGAGAUUGUUUCACCCCAAACUUGACAUCAGCUGUGAAUUUGCUGUGGAAGCUUGUUCCCAAGAGUUGAUCUGUGCCAUCACACUGGUAACUGUUCUGAUUACUCUGCAUAUCACCUUCUCUUUGGGAUUGUUUUCUAAAUCUUACAGCUUUGUGUGCUGACAUGGAUGGAGCUGUGCCAGCACGAAUCAGGUUCUGUAGCCUCAUCAAAAUAUAAACCAAACUGUGUUGCAGACUUUGUCUAAUUGUGCUGCAGGCAUGGAGUAGCUAUGCUUGAAUAAUUAUGGUUUGGAGAGGAUGUUUUCCUUGACCUUUUUUGAAUAUUCUCUACCAAGUGCAAGUUAGCUAACAUUUUUUUCCCAAAUAUGUUGUGCUGCAGUCUUUCUUUGUGAACUGAGCCUUCACAAAGGUGGGUUUGAAUCCCUCCCAUCAGGCUAUUUAUAAUGGCAAAUGAUGCACUGCUGGUAAGAGAACAAAGUAUUUGUUCUCACAAAGCAAAAUAUUUCUGUUUUGGUUUUUUCUCCUCCAUGAUGUUAACGUGCUUAUUUGCUUUUUUAUGCUAUUCCCAUCCUUGUUUAAAUUUCUGAAGAAGCUGAACCAGUUCAUUUGGGGUAGGAAGCUGUGUUCUGCUAAUGAGUUUAAUAAAGCUCAGCACUGCAACCAUAUGACCAAGUUCAAAGACAGUCAUGUUGAUGUACCACAUCAUUAAAAUCGCAUGUCUAAUUAGCUUUGUGUAGUAAGCUCAAUCCAGCAUACUAGUUUGUGGCUAGAGCCAGUCUGAAAAAGCCCAGCUUCCUUUCAAAGCCUGGCGCAGUGGUGGCUGUGAUCAUGCAAAUACCGUUGGGCAUAACUUCAAUCACCUAAAUAGGUUAAGUUAUGCGCCUAAGUGACAUGUAAUUGGAGCCUAAAAAUACCAGUUGUGUAAUUGCAGAACUGUUAAUCAACUUUCUCUUCAAUUAUAAAAAUUAGUUAACCUACAGAAGUGGAUGCAGCUGAUGAUAUUUUAAAUUACGAAGUAUUGCCAGUUUCUCUUCUGUUCCCUGACUGCAGUGUUGUCCAAACAGUAGAUUUCAGAAUUCUGUUAAAUAGCAAGAGUGAAAAACUGAACUGAAAGCAUUAGGAGGCUGCAUGGCUGAGGGUGAGCUUUAGCCCAGAAAGUCUGAGAGGUGCUUAUCUUGAAGGAAUUCUUGCUCACAGAAGUAAUCUUAUUCUAGGGAAAGAGUAAUGAAUCGCUGAUACCAAAGCUGACAAAUAUUCUAGACAACUUUCUAGCAAUUUAGCAUGGUCUCGUGUUGCAAUACCUGUGGAUGCAGAGCUAGUGGGAUGGGGCUUGUUCUUCCCAAUUUCACAAGCUUUUGUUUGCUGACUUCUCAACUGUGCUGCUGAAAACAUCUGUGGCGUUGUGCUGCAAACUAAUCCAUGGGGCAGCCCUUUGGGCACUUACCUUGGCCUGGAAGAGAGGCACUAAGCAGAGAUGUGGAGAUUGGAGUGGACAUUAACCUCCAAAACUGGGUUGCAGCCAGCAGCAUUGAAAAGCAGAAUAUUCCCUUAACUAACCUUUGUCCUUUAGUUUGUUCGUGCUUCAGAAAUGCUUUUGAUGAGGAUUUAUGCCUUUGCCUCAUUGAGCAAUUGACCUUACUUUUUCUUCCUUUUAUAAAAAUCUUAUGCAGAAAAAUCCUUUGAAAGUUUUUAAGCCAUAAGAAAACCAGCUUGUAUGCAUGCAGUUUUAUUCUUAAAUUCUACCUCCUUGUGUAGAGGUCAGGGACUCUUCACUUCUAAAUUCUAUCUAGUUGUUUCAAAUGCAUUAGUAGGACAGUGUGGUGGUGUUAGGUUGGUUAUGUAGGGAAAAGACAGAAAGCACUGAUCAUGUGUGUCCUGGUUUCAGCUCCAAGCUAGUGUUACAGAUGACUGUUCUGCUAACAAACAAAUCAUUGUUUGAAUGCAUCAGUCUGGUUGUAUUUGCUGUUUUGUAGACCAUGAGAAGUAUUUGCUGUGAAAAUAAUCGCAGUCACUUGCUAGACAACGUAAUACAAUAAACUUUGGGCUGUGCUUUCUUCCUGGUGUAGAAAAUGUACAAGACUUGAACUUUUAUGUUUUCAAGUAGAUGAGGUAGAUGGGGGGGGAGCAGUAGGUGUCAUGUAGCUUGACUUCAGCAAGUCUUUUGACACCAUCACCCAUAAUAUCCUGGUAGGUAAGCUUAGGAUGUGUGGGAUAGGUGACUGGCCAGUGAGGCAGGUUGAGAACUCGCUGACUGGCAUAGCUCAGAGGGUUGUGAUCAGCUGUGCAGAGUCUGGUUGUAGGCCUGUAUCCAGCGGUGCUCCCCGGUGGUCAGUCUGGUCUUGUUCGGUGUCUUCAUCAAUGACCUGGAUGAAGGAAAGAAAUGCACCCUCAGCAAGUUUGUUCACGAUAUGAAGCUGGGAGGAGUGGCUGACACAUCGGGAGGCCAUGCUGCCAUUCUGUGAGACGUAGACAGACUGGAGAGUUGGGUGGAGAAAGCAAGGUCAGGUGCAGAGUCCACACUUGGGGAGAAAUAAUCACAUGCAUCAGUACAGGUUAGGGGCUAAUCUACCCUGUGGAGAAGGGCCUGGUGGACAACAGGAUGGUCAUGAGCCAGCAGUAUGCUCCUGGGGCCAAGAAGGCCAUACAGAAAUGAGGAAGAACUUCUUUACUGUCAGGAUGUCAGGGCACUGCCAGCCAGAGAGGCUGUGGAGUUUCCUAUGGAGAUAUUCAAAACCUGUUAGGACACUUUCCUGUGUGACCUGCUGUAGGGAACCUGCUUUACCUGUGGUUUGAUCUGCAUGAUCUCCAGAGGUCCCUUACAACCCCUACGAUUCUCUGAUUGUGUGAAUGUUAUUCUUAAACCCAGGGUAUCUGCUCACCUAAUACGUGACCUUAGGCAAUAUGUUCUUGCUUUGUUGGCAGCUCUCCAAGAAAUAAGGCAGCAUCAGCUUAGCUUCCCUUCCUUCCUGAACAUCAGGAGGCAGUUGCUUAAAAAGAAUGCUUUUUUGCAUGACAGAUCUGUGAUCUUUUCUUGGAUGCCUAGAUCACAGAAAUCCUGGAUAGAAAAUACUUUCACCAAGAGGGAGUGCGUGUAUAUUAUACCAAGUUCAAAAGACCCCCACAGAUGCCUUCCAGGAUGUCAGAUUUGUCAGCAACUUGUCAGGUGCUGUUGUGGCCGCUUGGUCAGACAACAUGCUUGUUUUACUGCAAGUCUUGCUAUGAAAUACUCCGAUGUGAAGCUAGGUGAGAACUGUAAUCAGGAAAUAGAAGAAUGGUCAGUGGAAAAACAUACAGAACAAACCUCUACCGAUGCUUAUGGUGUCAUCAACUUUCAAGGUGGCUCUCACUCUUACAGGGCUAAGUAUGUGCGAUUAUCAUAUGACACUAAACCUGAAGCUAUUCUGCAACUUAUGCUUAAAGAAUGGCAGAUGGAGUUGCCAAAGCUUGUUAUCUCUGUACAUGGGGGCAUGCAGAAAUUUGAACUUCACCCACGCAUCAAACAGUUGCUUGGCAAGGGCCUUAUUAAAGCUGCAGUAACAACAGGAGCCUGGAUUAUAACUGGAGGAGUGAACACAGGUGUUGCAAAACAUGUUGGUGAUGCUCUCAGAGAACAUGCUUCCAGAUCAUCUCGAAAGAUUUGCACUAUUGGGAUUGCUCCAUGGGGGGUGAUUGAAAACAGAAAUGACCUUGUUGGAAGAGAUGUGGUUGCUCCAUAUCAAACCUUGUUAAACCCAUUAAGUAAACUAAAUGUGCUAAAUAAUCUCCAUUCCCAUUUCAUUCUGGUGGAUGAUGGAACAGUUGGGAAAUAUGGAGCAGAAGUUAAAUUGCGGAGAGAACUGGAAAAAACUAUAAAUCUGCAGCGGAUCCAUGCAAGAAUUGGCCAAGGUGUACCUGUGGUAGCACUCGUAUUCGAAGGGGGCCCCAACGUCAUACUUACAGUUUUAGACUUCCUUCAUGAAAGUCCUCCUGUGCCAGUGGUGGUAUGUGAAGGAACAGGCAGAGCUGCAGACAUAUUGGCAUAUGUUCACAAGCAAACAGAGGAGGGAGGGAAUGUUCCUGAGGGUGCAGAGCCUGAAAUCAUUUCAACUAUCAAAAAGACAUUUAACUUUGGUCAAAGUGAAGCAGUUCAUCUGUUUCAGACACUGCUGGAGUGCAUGAAAAAAAAAGAACUCAUUACUGUCUUUCAUAUUGGGUCAGAUGAACAUCAAGACAUAGAUGUUGCAAUACUUACAGCACUGUUAAAAGGCACAAAUGCAUCUGCAUUUGACCAGCUUGUUCUGACACUCGCGUGGGAUAGAGUUGACAUUGCCAAAAAUCAUGUUUUUGUUUAUGGGCAACAAUGGCUGGUUGGCUCUUUGGAACAGGCUAUGUUGGAUGCCCUUGUGAUGGAUAGAGUUGCAUUUGUGAAACUUCUGAUUGAAAAUGGAGUAAGCAUGCACAAGUUUCUUACAAUUCCCAGACUGGAAGAACUUUAUAACACAAAACAAGGCCCAACGAACCCAACACUCUUCCAUCUUGUUCGGGAUGUCAAACAGGGAAAUCUUCCUCCGGGAUAUAAAAUCAACCUGAUAGAUGUGGGGCUGGUUAUUGAAUAUUUGAUGGGAGGAACCUACAGAUGCACCUACACAAGAAAACGCUUUAGAGCUAUAUACAAUAGUCUCAGUGGGAACAAUCGGCGAUCUGGGCGAAAUCCUUCAAACACUACUCCUCAGCUGUGUAAAAGCCAUGAGUCUUUUGGCAACAGGGCAGACAAAAAGGAAAAAAUGCGACAUAAUCACUUCAUCAAAACAGCACAGCCGUACAAACCAAAGAUUGACACUGGUGCAGAAGAGGGAAAAAAGAAAAGAACCAAAGAUGAAAUAGUAGACAUAGAUGAUCCUGAAACGAGACGUUUUCCUUAUCCUCUCAAUGAGCUAUUACUUUGGGCAGUGUUAAUGAAGAGGCAGAAGAUGGCCCUUUUCUUCUGGCAGCAUGGCGAGGAGUCCAUGGCAAAAGCCCUAGUUGCGUGCAAAGUGUAUCGUUCAAUGGCAUACGAAGCAAAACAAAGUGACCUUGUUGAUGACACUUCAGAAGAACUGAAACAAUAUUCCAAUGAGUUUGGUCAACUGGCAGUUGAACUGUUAGAACAGUCUUUCCGACAAGAUGAAACUAUGGCAAUGAAGUUACUAACAUAUGAGCUUAAAAACUGGAGCAAUUCAACUUGUCUGAAGCUGGCGGUGUCAUCAAGGCUUCGUCCAUUUGUUGCUCAUACUUGUACACAAAUGUUGUUAUCAGAUAUGUGGAUGGGAAGGCUGAAUAUGAGGAAGAAUUCAUGGUAUAAGGUGAUAUUGAGUAUUUUACUCCCUCCUGCUAUACUUCUGUUGGAAUAUAAGACUAAGGCUGAAAUGUCACAUAUUCCUCAGUCUCAAGAUGCACAUCAAAUGGCAAUGGAUGACAGUGAAAACAACUUCCAGAAUACAGCAGAUGAAAUACCAAUGGAGGUGUUUAAAGAAGUAAGGAUCUUGGACAGUACCACAGAGAAGCAUGAUAUGGAGACCCCGGCAAAACCUAAAAGACUUCCAAUUACACAGAAGUUUUAUGCAUUUUAUCAUGCACCAAUUGUGAAGUUUUGGUUUAAUACAUUGGCAUACUUAGGAUUCCUUAUGCUCUACACGUUUGUGGUUCUUGUAAAAAUGGAAGAAGUACCAUCUGUCCAAGAGUGGAUUGUUAUAGCUUACAUUUUCACGUCAGCGAUUGAGAAAAUUCGUGAGAUUUUUUUUAUGUCAGAAGCUGGGAAAAUUAAUCAGAAGAUUAAAGUGUGGUUCAGUGAUUACUUCAAUAUUAGUGACACAGUUGCUAUUGUCACUUUCUUCAUUGGAUUUGUUUUAAGAUUUGGAGCAAAGGGGAAUUUUGGUGAAAACACCUAUAGAGAGAAUUACAUAUUUGUUGCUGGAAGAAUAACAUACUGUCUCAAUAUAAUUUUUUGGUAUGUGCGAUUACUGGAUUUUUUAGCUGUAAACCAACAGGCUGGCCCUUACGUUAUGAUGAUUGGAAAAAUGGUGGCCAACAUGUUUUACAUUGUGGUGAUUAUGGCACUUGUACUGCUUAGUUUUGGUGUUCCCAGGAAGGCAAUAUUGUACCCUAAUGAGGCGCCAUCUUGGACUCUUGCUAGAGAUAUUGUAUUUCAUCCAUACUGGAUGAUUUUUGGUGAAGUGUAUGCCUAUGAAAUCGAUGUUUGUGCAAAUAAUUCUGAGUCACAAGUUGCUCAUCUCUGUGGGCCAGGAACAUGGUUGACCCCAUUUCUUCAAGCUGUCUACCUCUUUGUACAGUACAUAAUUAUGGUUAAUCUCCUUAUUGCGUUUUUCAACAAUGUGUAUUUACAAGUAAAGGCAAUUUCAAACAUUGUAUGGAAGUACCAACGCUAUCAUUUCAUUAUGGCCUAUCACGAAAAACCUGUUCUGCCUCCACCACUUAUUAUUCUUAGCCAUAUGGCUUCCCUGUUGUGUUGUAUAUGUAAAAGAAGAAAGACAGACAAGACUUCAGAUGGGCCAAAACUCUUCCUGACAGAAGAAGAUCAAAAGAAACUUCAUGAUUUUGAAGAGUUGUGUGUUGAGAUGUAUUUCAAUGAGAAGGAUGACAAAUUUCAUUCUGGAAGCGAGGAGAGGAUUCGAGUCACUUUUGAACGGGUGGAACAAAUGUGCAUUCAGAUAAAGGAAGUUGGUGAUCGUGUCAACUACAUAAAACGGUCGCUACAGUCUUUAGAUUCACAGAUUGGCCACCUACAGGAUCUCUCUGCUCUAACUGUGGAUACUCUGAAAACACUGACUGCACAGAAAGCUUCAGAAGCUAGCAAGGUUCACAAUGAAAUUACACGGGAAUUGAGCAUUUCAAAACACUUGGCACAAAACCUCAUUGAUGAUGGUUCUCUAAGAUCUUCUGUGUGGAAAAAGCACAGCAUUGGAAAUGUGUUUGGUUCUUUUCCUCAAGGCGGCCUUGAAAAUAACAAUGCUUUACUCUGUAACGUUUUGAUACGUGAUGACAAGGAAGUCCAGCAUAAGACAAUUGGUCAGGAGUUGGCUCAAGUUGCCCGAAGAGAAGAAAUAAACCUUCAAGAGGCAGGUUCCUCAGGCAGUGCCUUAUUUUCCAAUGUUGUUUCCCCUCCAGAACUUCGCCAGCGAAUACAGGCUUCAGAGAUCUCAAAAUCCUCUAGUAGAAGUAAAAAAUUAGGCAAUUCAUCCAACAGUAUGCCACAUGUAACAUCCCCAACAGCUAAAUUUUUUGUUAGCACUCCAUCUCGUCCCAGUUGCAAAAGUCAGCUGGAUUCUUCAACAAAGCAUGAAGAGACUGUUUGUUCUAAGGCUACAGAAGGAGAUAAUAAUGUAGAAUUUGGUGCAUUUGUGGGUCACAGAGACAGCAUGGAGUUGCAGAGGUUUAAGGAGGCAGCAAGCAAAAUUAAAGAAAGAAGCACUGAUAUUGAGGAGCAACAGGAAGACUUCAAAAAAGCCAUACUGGAAGGCAUAGAGACUACCAGGCUGCAAGGUCUUCAAACUGACUGUGGUCUUAGACAGUCUAGUUCUUGUGGUGGGUUUACUGACCCUUUGGCAGCCCAUUCAGAACAAUUACCCAGCAAGAGUAGAAGAGCAUCAAGUGAAGACGCUCAGCAGGUAGACUCUAAAGCAGCUUUGCUGACGGAUUGGUUGCAAGGUAGACCUUCAAGUAGCAGUCAAAUGGCAUCUGAAGAAGACGCAUUGAAUGGCAUUGCUUCUCCUUUCAAGCCUAUCAUGGAUAUCAACUACUAUUACUCAGCUGUAGAAAGAAAUAACUUGAUGAGGCUAUCACAGAGCAUUCCCUUCACUCCUGUGCCUCCAAGAGGUGAACCGGUCACUGUGUAUCGCCUCGAAGAAAGUUCUCCCAACAUCUUGAACAACAGCAUGUCCUCCUGGUCACAACUGGGACUCUGUGCAAAAAUUGAAUUUUUAAGUAAAGAGGAGAUGGGAGGAGGUUUACGUCGAGCUCUUAAAGUUGUAUGUACGUGGUCAGAAUAUGACAUCCUGAAAUCAGGACAUCUUUAUAUCAUCAAGUCUUUCCUUCCUGAAGUUGUGAACACUUGGUCAAGCAUUUAUAAGGAGGAUACUGUGUUACACUUGUGCUUGAGAGAAAUUCAGCAGCAGAGGGCAGCACAGAAGCUCACCUUUGCUUUCAAUCAAAUGAAGCCCAAAUCCAUUCCGUACUCACCACGGUUCCUGGAAGUUUUCCUGUUAUACUGCCACUCUGCUGGGCAGUGGUUUGCAGUUGAAGAGUGCAUGACAGGAGAGUUUAGAAAAUAUAACAACAACAAUGGUGAUGAAAUAAUUCCAACUAACAUGCUAGAGGAGGUUAUGCUAGCUUUUAGCCAUUGGACAUAUGAAUAUACAAGAGGGGAACUGCUUGUACUAGAUCUGCAAGGUGUUGGUGAAAAUUUGACAGAUCCAUCUGUGAUAAAAGCUGGAGAAAAAAGGUCAUAUGAUAUGGUGUUUGGUCCAGCCAAUCUGGGAGAAGAUGCAAUAAAAAACUUCAGAGCGAAGCAUCACUGUAAUUCCUGCUGCAGGAAACUUAAACUCCCUGAUCUGAAGAGGAAUGAUUACACACCCGACAAGGUUAUAUUUCCUCAGGAUGAUUCCCCUGAGCUAACAAUUCAGCCUGGAAGCUGCACCAAAGAAUCAGAUUCAGCUAAUUCUCUUCGUUUGAUGCUCUAAUGAUGUGAUCAAAUCAGUGGCUUCAUCCAAACAUCAUGGAAUGUCACAAAGCUGUCACUUAUCUUUCCUUCACCAUAAUUAAAAGAAAGAUACAUCAAAACAAGGAUUACUGUGUUAUAAGUGAAAUUUUGGCUGGUCCAUACUCUAAGGACCUGACAACUUGUGAUAACCAUCUACAGAGAACAGAUUGGUAGCUGGUCGUUUUAGAGGUUGAAUUAUGAUGAGCAUUUAUGGUAUGUUUUUAAAAGGGGCUUUUUAGCAGAAGGUUUAUUUUUUAUUUUGUUUUGGUUUAGUGGAGGAUUUUCUCUCCGUAGUCCUGUGGUGUGCAAUAUGCCUUCAACCAAAAGGAUUUUGGUAGCUGAUGUUUUAAGGUAAAAGCAUUUGUCUGUUUGGCAGCUAUCUUACUGUCAUUUGGAAAAAGAUUGGAGAAAGCACCUACCUCUGUGAUGCCAGAGUAUUCUUGGAGCGUGUUUGGAAGUGUUCCACUAUUGUUUUCUCACCAGAUGACUUGUGAUCUGGCCUUUUGGAGAGGGCAGAGCCAAAUGAGGGUGUGUAUGCGACGCCAGUAGGCUGAGGUUGAAGGUAGGAACUUGAUGUGUUCCAAUAGAGAGAGAGUCUCCUGGAUCAGGAUUCAGCUUCAUAGCUGUAAAACUGUUUAUUUUUUGUGGAAUUGUGCAUAAUGAGAUUUCUUGUUUUAUACAUUUCAGUUUUCUCACGUCACCAUCAAAUAGUAACAAACAAAGCCAUGAUAGACUGGUAUAAUCAUAUUUGAUAGAAGAAAUAGUAUGUACUGGUCCAAAUAAGUUGCCUUGUGAGAACACAAGUUGGAAGUGCUUUUUGUUGUACAUAGUGACUGCUUCAGAAGUUACGCCUUCCAAAGAUCUCAUCAAACCAGUGUAUCAAAGCCGAAUGUACACAUAACUUUUAAAUGUAUUUAAAACUGUGUAGAAAACAUCUUUAAUGUUAUGUUAUUUGUGGUACUUAUUUAAGAGAGACUAGGGUUGGAUUAGCAUUAUGUAAAGUACGGGAGAUUGCAAUGCACCUUCGUGCAAAUAAAAUAUAAUUUAACUGUCCCAAAUAUUGUUGAGCAUUCAGCAAGAAAAAUCUGUUGUCCAACUGAAGUUUCAUGCUGCGAUUUUUUUUGUUACAUAGGUACUAAUUUGUAAUUUUUAAUUAAAGGGCAGCGUAUAGCUCUAUAAAUUUUUUUAUUCAGUAGUGUAUCUUAUAGAUACAGACUUAAGGCACGAACACAAUAGCUGUUUAAAUGGUGUUUUAUGUUUGACGGGGAAAGGUAAAAUGUUAUAAGGAUAUGAUACUGUAUACAUUUUGUAUAUCAUUAAAUCUUCAAAGAAUCUAAAAUAAAUUUAUUCUUGUUUACAGA